UUUUAUUCUUCGCCCCCUCAUCUCCCUCCCUCUCGAAAUGACACCGUCCCCGUGCUCCGGUGCCCCUCCGGCUGUGCUCUCCGCGCAGUGAUUAUAAUUCAGAACUUUCUCUCGGUGUGUUUCUCCCUGCGGAGCCUUUUCCGGAGCCUCAACUUUUCUGGCGUGUCAUCAUUUCUGGAGUUAACGCGGCAGAGUCAUCCGAGGCGAACAGAGCCCGCUCAUAUGUGGGGAGAGAGGAGAGCCAGGGGAGGAGGGCAGGAAGCGCAGAGCCGGGGGUAGCCCGCUGCUGCUGCCCGCCGCUGAUGCCUCUGCCGCGGCGCACACAAAUGGCGAGCCUCGGGAUGUUUGUGCUCUGAUCCGCUGCUCCUCAUCAACAUGAUGUUUUCUCCCCUCUCUCUGUCUCAGGAUGAGUUCCAUCCGUUCAUUGAGGCUCUGCUGCCCCAGGUCCGUGCCUUUGCCUACACAUGGUUCAACCUCCAGGCCAGAAAAAGGAAGUACUUCAAAAAGCAUGAAAAAAGGAUGACUAAAGAAGAGGAGAGAGCAGUGAAAGACGAACUGCUGGGGGAGAAGGCAGAGGUGAAACAGAAGUGGGCCAGCCGUCUUUUGGCAAAGCUCAGAAAGGACAUUAGACCUGAAUGCAGAGAAGACUUUGUCCUGUCAAUCACUGGGAAGAAAGCUGCGUGCUGUGUCCUGUCCAAUCCGGACCAGAAAGGCAAAAUGAGACGCAUAGACUGUCUCCGACAAGCUGACAAGGUUUGGAGGUUGGACCUGGUGAUGGUCAUCCUGUUUAAAGGGAUCCCGUUGGAAAGCACAGACGGAGAGCGGCUGGUUAAGGGAGGCCAUUGCUCCAACCCAAUCCUCUGCGUCCAGCCCAGACACAUCGCUGUCUCUGUCAAAGAGCUGGACCUCUACCUCGCUUACUACGUACAGGAGAGAGAAGCAGAGCAGAGCAGCAGUCCCAGUCGAACAGGAGUGGGUUCUGAUCAGGAGGACAGCCGGACCACCACCAUGGAGGGUCCAGAGUUCCAGGACAGUUUUGUGACAUCAGGAGUAUUCAGUGUCACUGAGCUCGUCCAGGUAUCAAGAACUCCAGUAGUCACAGGAGUUGGACCUAGUUUCUCUAUGGGGGAGCUCCAGGGUCAUCUGGCCUACGAUCUGAACCAGUCUGUCAACCAGCCAGUCAGCCUCAGACGAUCACUGGCCAGUACCUCAUCCAGCGGGAGUAAGCGCCAUAAGUCUGGCUCUAUGGAGGAAGAGGCUGACAGUCCGGGGGGCGAGUACUACCACUCCCCUUCCUCUCCCGCCAGCAGCUCCAGGAACUGGACUGAUGACAUGGAAGGAGGUCUAUCUCCACCAGUGAAGAAAGCAGAGCUGGACAACCCCUCUCCCCAGGAAGACUCACCAAGAAUGGGUUCCUUCACUCAGCACCAUCGGCCAGUCAUAGCUGUUCACAGUGGUCUUUCACGGAGUCCCCACCCCUCGUCAUCUAUACAUUUUCCACCUUCCUCCUACUUCCCCCACGGAGCAAUCCGCUAUCCUCCUCACCUGACCCAGGACCCCCUCAAAGAUCUCGUGUCCUUGGCCUGCGACCCUGCCAAUCAAACACCCAGCUCACUGAAUGGCAGCAACCAGGUAAAAGUGCCCAGUCACUACAUCACCUCUCAGAUGUUGGCACCAACUGGACCAGCACCCUCCCUGGCUCCUCCCCCAUCCUCCCUCCCCAGGCCGACCCUGCCUGCGGAGUCAAAGGCUACCACCACCUCCUCUGAUGGGGGAGCAAACUCCCCCACAUCACCCACAUACUCGGCCCCUGGGACACCCCCUGCCAAUCGCACCUCCUUCGUUGGAGUCACCCCCCGAGACCCAGGUGGACUCUACCAAGCCCAGUCUUGGUAUCUGGGCAACUGAUGGACAUGUGGAGGAGAGACGCUUGUCCUGGCAGUACGGUCCUGGAGGAAAGCAAACAAUGCUGUCAAGAUAUCACAAGAGGGAAAAUAUAUUCAUCUUUGUAGAAGCAUACACAUAUAUAAAUAUAGUAUAUCUAUAUAUGUGUAUGGACCCAGAAGAGAUAGCCUGGUUGAAGAAGAUGCUGCUCUCACUCACAGCCUUGUGACACUCAAUGGUUCUCACCGACGUGAGUUCCAAGUGAAAGAAAAGGAGUGAUGUGGAUGAACUGGACCAGAAUCAGGCCUCCAAACAGCAGAACCUAAGAAGCCUGUUCCCAGGAUGAGGCCUGUUUCCCUGCAAUGGAUUUCAGCCUUUACUCCUGAACCCUGGCUCUCUACACUAAACCCAGUACAGGACCUCCUCCCUGGGACAGAUAGACCUCAUCCCCCCCUCAACACCCAGAAUGCCCCUCUCCGCUGCAGGUGCUGCUUAUAAUAUAUGCAAAUAAGCCUCCCCUUUUUUCUGAACCGACUAGAAAGAGAGCUCCUGUUGUUAAUAUGUAAUGUUUCUUUUGCACUUUUUAUUAUUGCUAUGAAAACUUAGAGUUGAGACAGAGCAUUUCUUUCUCUCUUCCCACCUAAAGACAGAGGCUUUGUCUUUUUUAUUGACAAUCAUCGGCCUGAAACCAUUAAGUUGCUUUGCUAAGCUCAUGUUUUUAAGACUGUUUGAUUGUGCUUUUUUAUCAGAAAAACAAUGAGUAAUAGUGGAAUAUAAGAGCUAUAUUCAUGCCUCCUCCAACACAACACACAAUGCUAUAGUUGGACAGAGUUCAAACCCCCUGACAUCCUGCUGCUUCCUUCCCUUCACACCUGAUCAUUCUGACAGAACUUUAGGCAGUUGCAACUGGCUGCUGAACUCAUGUGUUUGAGACUGUAGCAUGGUGUGUGUGUGUGUGUGUGUGUGUGUGUGUGUGUGUGUGUGUGUGUGUGUGUGUGUGUGUGUGUGUGUGUGUGUGUGCGUGCGUGCGUGCGUGCGUGCGUCAGGUUGUGUGAGAUCGGUUCCUGCAUUUCCACACUCAUCCCUGCUCUGUUUUGGGGAGCUGUGUUAGUUUCUCAGAGAACACGGUGUGGUUGGUUGAUCGAAAAGAGACACAUCACAUGAUUGACUUGAUGAUGUGGCAUGUCACCGACUUAGCAGGCCGUAGCAUUUCCAUGGUUAUGGCAGCAGGUCAUGUGCAUACCUUGAAGUGAGCACAAUAUCCAGGUUUGUUGUCCAGCUGUACAGAGUGGUGUUGACAGGACUGUGGAAAUGGAUAGCAUUAGGGUUAGGCACAGUGCUUUGUCACCAGUCAAACCCUGAUGGUUUAACAGUGGCAGCAGUCAACAGAUCAAGCAUUUCAUACCAGAGUUUCCUUGCUCUCCUGUGUCCAACGCUGACACAAUAUUUGCAUCAAGUGCUUUAAUGGAGAAAAGCAAUAACUUGGCUUUUCACAUCUUAAUAUAUUCAACUAUCUUUUGAAACAAAUGUAAUAUCUUUCAUGCUGCAUCUUAUCUUUGAUUAGAGACCUCUUCAUCACUCUUAAGGUUAGCAUUUAUUAGAAUCCAAACAUGAAUCACCAUAUAGCUCGUAGUUUAUAGAACAACUCGUUCAGUCUGUGUGUAGAAAGAUAAUUUAAUUAUGAAUUAAAUAAUGUUUGACAUUUGUCUGUAAAAUUCAAUGCAAAUGUGCGCGCUGGCCUUUUGCUAUCCCGCACAUGAUCUCUUUGGGGAUAAAAACAUUAAAUAUAAUAGAUUUUUAAGAUGUAAUAUUUUAUAAUCUGUGCCAUAUUUUAGUCUCCAAGGCUUUUCAACUACAGGGCAGUCUAUUGAAAUAUAUGUUGCCGGGGAUGUGGAUCAGUGUUAAGGCGUGGGCAGAUUGAUCUCAAGUGUUUCUGAAGAUGAUACGUAGAAUCAGACUCGUCUCAGAAGUGGUUGCACACUGUCUUUGGAAAGAUUAAAGGUUUUCUAAUGGCAAGCCAAACAAAUUCAAUAUUUCCAACCACUGCCGUAGUCUGAGUGUCAAGUUCAGAAGAGUAGCAGUGUUGCACAGCUAGUGGAAAUAUUGGAUUUAUAUAUUGGUUUCUCUUAUUAUUUCAUGAAAGCACUCCUUGAAAAGGGUGUCGGCUGUAUUUUUAGAGGUUCUAAAGGAGCAACGCUGCAUUCACAUGAUACGCGAUUUGCUCUUUGCCCACCACAAGAUUUGGCGCAAAGCCUGGAAGCUAGUUAAAGGGGCUCUAUUAUGCUUUCCUGUAGUGUUAUAUAGGUCUUUGUGCAUGUAAACAAUCUGCAAACGCUAAAAUCCCCAAAUUCCCCCCAGAGGGAGUUUCUCUUCCACACUCGGGAGGAGUCUGGAACGCCUCCAUUUGACUCAUUUGUUUACUUUUACGACACAGUGACAUCACUAUGUAAUAUUCACGCUUAAAUUGGCAGGCGCUUCAACACAUUGUAGGCGAUAGGCUAAGGGGCGGGACAGCUCUAAGCUUCUGACCAAUAAAAACGGAGCCGGCCAAUUAACCAAUCAAAGAAGUCUGGGCUCUGGUUUCAGACAGAAUAGGACACAAAUAAAAAGCUUUUUGAACAUUAAAGCAUGUAAACAUAUCAAAGUAGAGGCACAAAAUACAACGAUCAACCUGAACAUUUGAAGAAUAAGGCCCCUUUAUGUUUUCUUUCUAGUGUUAUUUCCCCUGCUAGGGGUUAGCAUUAUUCAUGGUCAUAGUUUAAAUAAUUUGAACUUUGAGCACAGCAGUCUGCCUACAUUUUGAGCGGUGUGCAAUGCCUAGGGUUGCCACCACUCUUUGCGUAGAAACACAAUGGCAACGUCAGCACAGAGACAGGAUUACCGCGUUUCAUGUGAAUGCAACUUAAGACUCACAGACAGUUCAGAGAACAUCAGCACACAGCCUGGGUGUGUUCGUACCACAGCUCCAUUUCCCUCUCAUAUCUUUCCUUUAUCUUUGUUUUUUAGGAUGUAAGUGUCAAACUGUGUUGGAACCGGUGUGAUCUUUUUUACUGACAUUUUUUUCCACUUGCACGUGUGAAGGAUUGGGUUUGCGUUCUGAUCGCAAGUUGUCCUUUGCUUUUUCUUUCCCCAGGGUUAGGGUUUAGUGAUUUUAUAUUGAAGGUGCUGAUAUGAGCUGGGUUUUGGUUAAAGUUGGCUUAAAGCGGAUGUAUAAUGCAUGGUGCUGCCCUGGUGUCUCUGUUGACCUAAUGAAUGCAUGGCUCAAACUGAUGAUACCUCUCCCUCUCUGCCCUGCGCCCCCCCCCGCCCCCCUCCUCCUCCCUCAGACAGCAGACAGCAGUGGAUCGAAGGGCUGUCUAUUUCUUUACACUUUAAUAAUAGCCCUGUUAUUAUACUUCUAUUUUGCACGAUAUUUCAUAAAACACAUUAUGUGCCUUGCCUUUAGUUAAAGAACAAUAAUACAUUAUAUAAAGUGAUUAUACUUUUCAUGGUACAGCUGGUAGCACUUAUAAAACAAAGAGAAAAAAAGCUGCAUGUGUGGUUGCUUGACAUUAACCAGUGUAGCAGUGUAUUAAAGAAAGCUUACUUUAGCUUCUGCGCCCAACUAAAGGCAGCACUGUUUGACAGUGGAAGGAAAAGUCCACAUUUUGGGGAGUACAUGUGCCUGUUAUCAGACUCAGAGUCACAUGACUUGCCUCAGCCCGCACACAGAAUGGACAUGUUUAGCUCAGAUAAACAUUUUGCCGUUGCAUUCAAGUACAUCUUCCACUUUUCAUCACUUCGCCAAUGACAAGGGUCAUAAAGCACUGUCCUGGUUCAAGGAGGCUGUAUCAAAUCUAUAGUCUGAUCACAUGACCCAAGAGAAUAACUCAAUGACAGAUAAGCAAACUGAGAUGUGUAAAAACUCAGAAAGUGGACACUAAGUUAAGUUCAACAAUGAACUGGACACAGGAAGUUCUUAUUAGAAGAUCUUUUUCUGGGUAAAACUAGAAAAAGCAACUGUAGCUCCCAAAUUCAUGGACUGUUCCUCUAAGUGUUGAUCAAAGACAUCCCCCCUCGAUGAUUUUGUUUUCAUAGCUGAUAAUGAUGCAAACCCAUGGAUAAUAUUUAUUGCAGGGAAAAGUCUUAUACUAUAUUAUGAAUAUGUUGUGGCCAAGCCACUGAAUCCCAUGUUAAGGAAACAUGUUAAACACUCUGCAGCACUUACACCGUCCAUUUGCCUGAAUGGCGACUUUGAUCAUUUGACGAAUCAUGUGAUAUGAUACUUCUAAGGUCAUAGAUGAGUUUCUGCUUAAUAUGGAUGCAUGCACUUAACACUAUUGCUCUACUUGGCUUUUAGGUUCUAUUUGAGUUAUUUCUUGAGUUUUUAUUGUUAUUAUUUUGCUUUUAGCAUUAGUUUUAAACAGAACAGUGUGUGUACAAAUAUGUACACUCGUAAAAUGGAUACAAAGGAUGUAUAGAAUGUUACAGCGUGUCAUGUUUUCUCUUAAGAUGGUGGCCAAGCCGCACAAUGAGGGACCCAUGAAAUGGGAAAGGUUUAGCCCUGAGAGGAAUGAUGAAGGUGAGAAUUGUAGAUGGUGAGAAUUGUAGAUGGAGACAGACCAUUAUAGUCAGUCUAAGUAAAAGUUACUAGAAAGUUACUAAACUAGAAUCCAUAGAUCCACUCAGACUGCACAAUCUGCUGUCACUGUUUAGAUUCAAGUACACAGUGAUAGACACUGAAGUCACACUGAUGGCAGCUGACAGCAACGUCCUCUCCCAGGACCAGGACCAAGUCCUAGAUCAGAUCCUAGGUCAGAUUCUGGUUUAGGUCCUGGGUUAGAUCCCCGAUCAGAUCCUAAGCAGGUACACCCAACGUUAGAUAGUGGAUCACGUCCUGGGUCAGAUACAAGGUCAGGUCCCGGAUUAUAUCAUAGGUCAGAUUCUGGGUCAGGUCCUGCGUCAGAUUCUAGGUCAAAUCCUUGGACAAGACCUGGGUCAUGUCCUGGGUAGCAUCCUAGUAACGUCCUGGGUGAGGUCCGAGAUCAAAUCCUGGUCAGGUCCUGGGUCACAUCCUAGGUUAGAUUCUGGGUUAGAUUGGUUAGGUCCAAUAUCUAAUAAAUACAGACAUUUAUAACAUUAUAAAUAAUAUCUUGAAAAACAGUGUGCUGAGUUGAGAAUAUUGUGCUCAUCACAUUGUGCUCUCCUCACUUUCUCCGCUCUAUUCAAAUAUACCAGCAAGUUAAGGACAUGGAAAAUGAAAAAACAAAACAAGCAGUGCCUAUCAUUUUACUGCAAGCUUUGAGUUAUGUUGUAUGCUGUGUUCAAGCACUACAUGGUCAUGUGACACACUCGUAUGGUGCUCAGCCCUGGCCCGGGGAGGUGGGCUGUGCAGGUCCUGAGGUAACAAGCCAUAAAACAACCCAAAGAGCUGAAGGAAAUCUAGAGGAAACACUGACAGACUCUUCAUAAUGCUCGGUGGAUUCACCAUUCUUCAUUUAGGCUGGCGUAUGUUCAGGGACGGACCUGUGUCCUAUUUCUGGCUCCUUUCAGGAUUACACUAGAAAAAGGCUGUCCUGUUCCAAAUGCAGCUAAAAGAUGUGGUGGUACACUUCACACAAGGCUACCAGAGCAGAACAUUAUUGAUUUUUGUAUACAUUAUUGCAUCAUACUGAGUUGUUACUUCACUACCUUGUCAUUAUUGUUGCUUUAUCUUCUGUUAUGGUUUGAGGUUCUGGAUGAAAAACAACAGCCGGUCUGGACACUAAGGAUCUCCUUUACUACAGUAUGUUUCCCCCGCACAUCUUUGUCCCUAUACACAUCUAAAAUAGAUUGCUGAAAUGGGAUUGGGCAUUUGUUGAGUAGAGAAAUAGCCAGAAGCAGAUAUAUUAAAACGUAAUCCCAUCUAUCAUAGUGAGAAAAUAUAUGUAAAUAACAUCUUUAGUCAACUAUAAAUUACAGGACACAUAAAUGGAGAUUAAUUUGUCAUAAAGAGAAACGCAUUGUUUGUUCGUGAUUAUGUUCAGCAUCCUUUUAGCAUUUAAAGUUCAUUAAAUAUUGAUGAAUUGAGAUCCAGCAGAUACUUUACAAUCUAUAAUUUGUUAUCUUGAAUAUUUUAUAUUGGAUAAAGUCUGUUAUCGGUAAGUGAUUAUUUUCCAUCACUUUGUUAAAGAGGCGCAGCCAAUGCAACAGACUUGGUCCUCAGUGGUGUGGUGGCUAUCUGCUAGCACCGCUAGUUAGAGGUUAACCUUAGUAAGGCUGAACAACCUAAGGAUAGAUCAAUGACCACAAACUAUGAGACUGAAAAAGCAAGUGAGACCAAGAUCCAAAGAAACGCCUCGUAUUGCCACAAAAACAUUUUUUUGGGGUUGUUUGCUAUGUAUUUUUAAGCAGUUCCUAAUUUCAUCCAUAAUAUUUUGGACUGACUUUGGUUUGUGAGACUUUGUUGAGUGUUACUACCACACCUUUAUGUUGCUUCAAUUUGAAACCAGUGUAUCUCAUGCAGUGGUGUUAACAAAUCAGUAGAACUGCUUGUAGUUUUUCUCUGAUGGCAGGUUCAUGAAAAUAUGCACCGUAGGAAUGGUUUCUAUGAAAACACCUCAUCCAAUAUCUGUCAAACGUUCUAAUUUGUGUUACCCAUUGGGAUAAAGUUUGCUGUAAAGUUCCCUCUAGAUUUGUCUUGACUCUGUGGUACUAACUAAGUGCUCUUCUGACCACUGUUAGCAGAGAAUUACCAAAAAUGUUUUAUCAAAAUCAUGCUUUACUUUGGGUUGGGGUAUUGUAAGUGAACGGUAGUGUUGCUGUUUGUUAGCAGCUGAUCAUCUCUGGCUGCAAGAAAGGAUAUCUAUACACUUUCUGAGGGCUCUUUUCUAUAAAUUAUUAUUCAUAUUCAACCUGAAAACCUCCUAUAUGUUUCUUUUUGCUUUUUCUAAGUUGAAUGUCUUUUUCUGUAAUCAGACUCACAGCAGUUUGAAAACCUCUCUUUAUUACCUAAAAUCUGUUUUUUGAUAUUGUUUUCCUGACAGCGACGCCAUAUUGAUUCCUUUGUUACCUGUACACCUGUUUACUCCAUUUGCUGAAGACGGUUUAUAAUGAACAGAAACUUUACAUUAGAAUGCAGUUGCAAUUUUUUAAGCAUUUAUUUCUCUAACUUUUCAGAUACUAUAAUGGACUGCUUUGCUUGCUUUCAGAAAUAUAUAUCCCUUACAUCAGAGAGAGCAUAAAGCUUUCAUCAGUUAUUGCAUGACUACAGUCCCCAAAGACCACAGCCCUUUUACAUGAACUGUACAUCAGGACAUUAUAUAUGGGAGUCUUUGGCAAUCAAGAAAAUCAGUUCUUCCAAUACCUCAAAACAAUAUAAAAGACUGAGAGCAAGUCUAUUAUUUUCCAUAUUGGAAUAGUGUGAAUUAUCAUACCACUAAUACCACAUCCUAUAGUACCGUUUAAAGAUAUUAAAGUUAUUUACCAUAACUUUCUUGUCCAAUUAAGUUGAUAUGCAAUUACAUUUCCCACCUGACAGCCAAUCUGAAACACACAAUAAUGCAUGACUUGCCAACCCAAUAUAAGAAAAAUGAUAGCAUAGAAAGAGGCCAGUAGUGUUUAUUUUGUUCCAGAUUGAUGUUCACUAUGGAGAGGGCUGUAGCUCUGGACUGGAUGUAGUUUGUAGCAGCGUGAACCUUUUCCUUUGGAAGAUAAUGUCAAUAAUCAACCUUAAUUUGCAUGACGUAAACUUUUCCUCUAAGGCUGCAUUAAGACAGGGACUUCUGACAACUUUCUGUUCCUGUUUGUUUGACUGACAGCUGUCUGAACCAGUGUUUCUGCCCUAAUGUUAUUCUGCUGUGGGGGAUACCAACAUCUUUGAUGAUAUGUCAUUAUAACCAUACUUAGCCAUUGCUAUCAGCAAAUGCUGAUUAUUCAUUACUGGAAAUGAGUAUGUUUCCCUAUGCAAAAAUAUACCAUUAAUAAACAAGCUAUACCACAACUCA